AUGACUUGGUCACAUCCAAAACAACGUGCUCGUUUUAAAAGAGCCAAGACAAAUAGAAAUGAACAAUUACACGAAUCCAAUUCUAUGGAUAAGUUAAGUAAUGUCACUUUAUCCGACGAACAAUUGCAAUUGAAAAAUAACAUUAUACAAUUCAUUGAAAAACAUUUACUCAAAUAUAAUAAUAAUAAUAAUAAUAAUAAUAAUAAUAAUAAUAAUAAUAAUAAUAAUAAUAAUAAUAAUAAUAAUAAUAAUAAUAAUAAUAAUAAUAAUAAUGCAAACUUUCCUGCAAUGUUUGUUAUUCAAGGUGAUGCAGGCACAGGCAAAUCUGUAGUUUUAAAUUCUUUGUUUAAUGAAAUUCAAAAAUUAUCAAUUGUAAAAAACCACGAAGAUAAUGAAGAAUCUCAUUCUGUCUUAUAUGGUUCGACUAAUUAUUUAGUAGUAAAUCAUCCAGAGAUGUUAAAACUAUAUCAUAGAAUUAGUCAAAAAUUCAAAUAUAUUAAAAAAUCAUCAUUGGAAAGACCAACCUCUUUAGUUAAUAAAUUAAAUAAAAAUAAUGUCAAAUCUGAAAAAGUUGUAGAUGUAAUUAUUGUAGAUGAAGGCCAUUUAUUAGCUACUUCAAAAGAUCCAUUUAAAAAAUUCUAUGGUGAGAAUCACUUAAAAGAGUUAAUGUCAUUAACAAAAGUUAUCAUUAUUGUUUAUGAUGAUAAACAAUCUUUGAGAAUGGGGUCAUAUUGGGAAGAUGAUUUAGAUACUCACAAUACAAAGACUACUAAUACUAAUGGCGCAAGUUUAAAUCAUAUUUAUAAUUUAAUUCCUCAAGAUAUGAAGGAAUGGUAUACAUUAAAGCAACAAUUUAGGGUUGCUGCUCCCAAUGAUGUUCUUAACUGGAUUAACAAAAUCAGCAUUGAUGGGGUCAUUCCUAAGCAUCCAGUUGAUUGUGAAGAAUUUGAUUUCAAAAUAUGGGAUGACUGUGGUGAAAUGUAUUCAACUUUAAAACUUUUAAACGAAAAAUAUGGCCAAUGUAGAAUGUUAUCAACAUAUGAUUUCCCAUAUAGAUUAGAUGGAAAAGAUUAUUUUGUCUCUUGUGGGACAAACUUUAAAUUGAGAUGGGACAGAUAUCAACCAAGAGCAAUACUACCAUGGAGUGAAAGAGCUGAUAGUAUAGAUGAAGUUGGUAGUGUAUAUACUAUACAAGGGUUUGAUUUAAAUUAUGCUGGUGUAAUCUUGGGUAGAUCGAUAGGAUAUAAUAAAAAAAAGGAUUGUUUGGAAUUAAAACCUGAAUAUUAUGACGACCACGCAGGUUUCACCAAAAAAAAGAAUAUAUCAAAUCCUGAACAUGUUAAAAGAAAGAUUAUUAUGAAUAGUCUAAAUGUUCUAUUAACUAGAGGUACAAAAGGGUUAUAUGUUUAUGCAUAUGAUGAUGAAUUAAGGAAAAGACUUAUGCAAUCAACUUUGUCCAAAUAA